UAUAAAACUGGGCUGAGGCGGGGCGCGGCCUCCGGAGCAGAACAUCUGUGUGGGCCGGCUGGUCCUGUCUGGGCUUCCACCGUCUCUGAAGAGUCGAGGCGCAGUUCUUUCAUUCCGGCGGAACCGCAGUUGCAUGCCACCAUGGUUCAACUGUACACUUCCCCUGUUCUGGAUGCUCCUCAUCUACUGGAGCAUGAGGAGGAUGAGGGGGAGCUGAUGAAGGAUGAGGGGCUGCAGCAGGUCAGCCUGGAGGUUUCUACAGCUUACCAUGGCUAUGAAACCUACAUUGAAGAUGGCCUCAUCUGUCUGAAACACAAGAUCAGAAACUUGGAGAAGAAGAAGCUGAAGCUGAAGGAGUACAAGAAGAGGCUUAGCCAGGGCGAGGAGCUGAACAAAGAUCAGAAGGUGGCUGUGGAGAAGUUCGAGGAGGUGCUCCAUAACCUGGACUUUGCACGGGAGCUGCAUAAAACUUUGGAUGGCCUGACUCAGAAUGUGAGUGGUUCUGAUUCUGGCUUGUUAACGUGUUUACAUGUCUCUGGAUUAUGCUGGAUAUCUCCACUAAAAGGCUUCCGGAAGAAGGUUGUUAAACAAGAUCAGACGGUGAGGCUGGAGGUAGAGAGGAGGCGCCUGGCUACGGUACUGAAGAUCCACGACCUCCUGGGUAAUAUGCAGCAGGAGCACACCCAGAAGGACUUGAUGACUGGAAACAACCAGGCACCCCACAUCCCCAUCCAAAAGCUGCACAGCCUGAACCGGCUUGCCGCCAUGCUGGGCGUCCGAAGAGACAACGGACUGAGCCUGGAUGAGCAGAUGCAGGAUGCUGCACUGGUCUACAUGGACCUUCUGGAGGGAAAGGACCAACCAGUGGCUGGAUCCACUUAUAAGCUGCUGAAAGAGGAGCUUACAAGAUUGAUGGAUUGCAAGUAUUUUAGCCAUUUUCAGCCUCAACCCAACAAGUCUCCAGAGUUGUCUCUGAGCUUAGGAAGCCGCAGCACAAGUGGCGCUUCCAAAGAGCUUUUCCCCAGAUUACCCCUGCAGGAUGUGAGAGGGCCCCACAAUCCAAACUGGAAGGAUGAUUUCCAGUCCAUGAAGGAGCAGGAGCCUCCUGACAGCUGGGAUGCUGAAACCUCUGAUGGACCCUCAUCCCCACCAACUGGUAUCCCAAAACCUUGGAGGGGAGCUGCCAUGCUCAUCCCUAAGGCUGUCCGAGCUGCAUCAAAGAAGCAUACUGUUUCCAAACCGAGAAAAGAGAAGAAAGCCAAAAGGGAACAAAGCACGAAGACUGCCCUUCAAAUGGAAAUACCUGUGGAAAUGUUUCAGUCCCCAUCUACUUUGCCCAAAGAUCCGAUAUUAAGGAAACAGCACCUUGAGGAGCUCAUUCUGAAGAUCCAUGGCUCCUUCAGCUUCAUGCAGGACUCUUUAUUAGAUGGUGAGAAUUCUACCAGCAGUCUACCCAGACCCAAGAGACUUCCAUCUGGGGCUUCUUCUCCUUUGGCCUACGGUGGUCUAAGAAGUCCGUCUGAUAUUCUACCCAAAGUGAUGAGUUCCACCCCGCUGCCUAAUAGGCUGAAAGAGCGCAAGUCCAGUGUGUCAAGUGGGGAACAAUGUCUUGAUCGAGUUGACUUGGAGCUUUCCUCGAAAGACCUACCUCAUGUGUCUCUUCAGUUGGACUGCAGGAAACAAUUUUCCUCUCCUCCUCUCUACAGCAGAGAACUACCUGAUGCUUCUGCAGAAGAGAAUAACUCCUCUUGUAUCUCAAUUAUUGGCCCAUGUAAACACUCCCCCUCUAAUGGAUUAACAUCUUGCAAUUCUACACCUCCUAAGAGGGAGACCUUUUCCACACCUCCCACCAGACGAGCUCUGACCUCUGCACAGUUCGGAAACAUUCAGGCGGUCUUCAAGCCAGGACCAGGUUUAUCUCAGGUUGGGGAACUGGACUACAAGUCGAAAGCAGAUUUCUCUGAGCCACAGUACAGCAUUGCUAGUACCCAAACUCCGUCCGAGUUUGCUCCCACAGAUGACGAGCCUCUGCUGGUGUACCAGCCACAGUACAUGCUGGAUAAUGGAGAGAACUUCCUGUCUCCUGGCCUCCAAAGUGGGGGUUUGGGUCGUACCAACCAGUCUUACUACAGGGGACCUGUUAGAGGAGGAGCCUACAUCCCCCAGCCAUAUGUCAGAGACUCUGGCUCUCUCCUCUAUGCUCCGAGAGAUUCAACACAUCAGCAUGUGUACAGACAAGGUGGGAGACACGGGUCGAUUGCAGCUUGGAGUGAUUCUUCCCAAGUCAGCAGUCCAGAACGGGACGGGAACUUCACCAUGGUGGAUUCCGGUCACGGGGACUCCAUGUCCGUGUCAACUGUGGAGGUCCCGAUGACCCCCCACAGCCACCAACCCACCUUACUUCCAAUGCAGCUGUACCCGCUCUCCCAGCCGUUGCGAGUAGCGUUCACUGCCUCUCGUACUGCUAACUUUGCUCCAGGCAACCUGGACCAGCCCAUCGUGUUUGACCAGCUGCACAGCAACCUGGGGGAGACGUACGACACCCACAUUGGAAGGUUCACCUGUCCAGUGAACGGAACAUACGUGUUCAUCUUUCACAUCCUGAAGCUGGCAAUCAAUGUUCCCCUCUAUGUUAACCUCAUGCGCAAUGAAGAAGUGAUGGUGUCUGCGUAUGCCAAUGAUGGCGCCCCAGAUCACGAGACUGCCAGCAACCAUGCAAUUCUGCCACUCUUUCAAGGGGACCAAGUGUGGCUGCGGUUGCACCGUGGAGCCAUCUAUGGCAGCACGUGGAAGUACAGCACCUUUUCCGGCUUCCUGCUCUACCAGGAGUAAACCAGGCUGUGGUUUCCUCGACUUCAAAGGGUCUGCUUUUGGAGGAUUGACUGAUGUUUGGCGUCGAUGAGCCUCAGAGCUGUAACAGACUACAACUGCUGGUGGCUGGUCUGCAGCUGCUGGAUGAGGCUUGGAAAGGGCAACUUCUUGGUGGUGGGUGUGGUGAAUUACACUUGAGACCAAACUGUAGCACUGAUGAUUACUUGGAGAACUGGAAAGCGGUCUCAUGUGCCUGAAUAAAGGUUGAGCAGUCAAUUGAG